AUGUUGAAGGUGGACGAUGGAGAGGUGUACGAAUCACACCCGGAAAAACAUCCAAAAUGGUAUCAGAGAAUUCUCGAUGUUGGGUUUGAGGAGAAUGGCAUCAAACCGGUGCCUUUAGAGAAGAGGACCGACAAGAGAUACUGGAAUCUCUUUACUGUCAUGUUCACGGCUCUCCUGUGUAUCCUCCCCCUCCCAACUGGCAUGCUAGCCACCCUCUCCUACGGGAUGAGCCUUCGAGAUGCCUCCCUCGUGAUUCUCUUCUUCUCUAUCCUCACCUGCAUUCCGCCCGCAUUCAUGGGUGUAGGAGGAACACAGACAGGUCUUCGGCAACAGAUUCAAGCACGGUACUCUUUCGCGUCUCUCCUAGGCUACCGAGCUCUGCACAUCUUCAACACCUGGUCGUGGAUCCCCAACCUCAUCUCCAUCAUCAUCGCUGUAGGCUGUGGUGGCCACAAUCUGCACCUCCAGUCUGCUGUGGCCCCGGCCACAGCCUCCCAGGUCAUGUCCUUCGGCGCCCUGGUAGCGGGCUACUUCCUCACCUUUGGCGGAACGGUCUCUGACUAUUCCAUCUACCACGACCCGCGGUCCAUGAGCAAGCUGACCGUGUUUGCGAGCUACUACCUGGGCAUGUUUGUCCCGUCCGUGCCCCUCCUCAUUCUGGGCGCGGCGAUCGGUGGUGCUGUCCCCAAUGUACCCUCCUGGAACGCCGCGUACGAGAGUAUCGGCAUCGGCGGCGUCAUGUACGAGAUGCUGACGCCGGCUGGUGGGUUCGGCAAAUUCAUCCUGGUUCUGCUCGCGUUGAGCGUCGUCGGCAACAUCGCCAUCAGCAUGUACAGCGUCGCCCUGAACCUGCAAAUGUUUCUCCCUUUCUUUACACGCAUCCACCGUUUCAUCUUCAUCGUUGCCACCUUCGCCGUCAUGAUCCCCUGCUCCGUCCGCGCCGCCGAGGCCUGGGAGGAGAGCCUGGAGAACUUCCUCGCCCUGAUCGGCUACUGGGCCGGCUGCUUCGACGCCGUGCUCAUUGAGGAGCUGAUCGUGUUCCGCCGGGCCGACUACAGCUCGUUCGACCAUGCCAACUGGAACGUUGGCAGAUUGCUGCCCACAGGUGUGCCGGCGCUGCUUGCGAGUAUCAUCAGCUUCGGGCUGAUCGUCCCCGGCAUGGCUGAGGUGUGGUACACGGGGCCCAUCGCCAUGAAGACGGGCGAUAUCGGGUUUGAGAUGGCCUUUGUGGUCACGGCGUUGUUUUAUUUUCCGCUGCGGUGGCUGGAGAUCAAGUGGAGGGGAAGGGUGUGAUGUGUAGUAUGAAUUUCCUCCAGAUUUUCGGAAACGUACUCAAAUUGGUCACAUCUUUCACGGUUGUUUUUCUUUUUUUCUUUCUGAUUUUUGCAUUCCAUUCAUGCGUCUGCAUAAGGAUACCCUUGCGCAUUGCCGCACGAGCGUUGCAUAGUGAGAUCUGAUUACGAAGAGAAUUCAUCUGUUCUGUAG